CUAAAUAUCUACUCUCUAAUCGGUUCAGGCGCGGCCGGUAGAACUUCGGAUUGGAUUGGAAGACGAUAUACCAUAGUGUUGGCAGGAGCUUUCUUCUUUUGUGGUGCUCUUCUCAUGGGUUUUGCCACAAACUAUCCUUUCAUUAUGGUGGGUCGUUUUGUAGCUGGUAUCGGUGUCGGUUAUGCUAUGAUGAUUGCACCUGUUUACACCGCUGAAGUCGCUCCUGCUUCUUCGCGUGGUUUCCUUAGAUCUUUCCCUGAGAUAUUUAUCAACAUUGGUAUACUUUUAGGAUAUGUGUCCAACUACUUCUUCUCCAAGCUACCCGAGCAUCUCGGCUGGAGGUUCAUGUUAGGCAUUGGAGCGGUUCCCGCGGUACUCCUAGCCAUAGGAGUGUUGGCAAUGCCGGAGUCCCCACGGUGGCUAGUCCUCNUCCUCCAAGGUCGCAUUGGAGAUGCUUUUAAAGUUCUUGACAAAACCUCAAACACUAAAGAAGAAGCCAUCUCUAGGCUCAAUGACAUCAAACGUGCGGCUGGAAUCCCUGAUGAUAUGACAGACGAUGUUGUAGUCUUGCCAAACAAGAAGACUGCUGGGAAAGGGGUAUGGAAGGACCUUCUUGUCCGACCAACCCCGUCCGUUCGA